UCUCGAGCCGAGGGAAGCUGUACAUGACGACCGAGGUACCAUAUCAGACCGAGGGAUACGUGUCGGUUCGUAAAACGUUCUUGACCACGUGUCAAGUACCUCGGGGGCGAGGGAGUUUGUAAGCCGAUGGUACGUGAUCUCAGUAACAGGAUUUUUAGUAACGCCGAGACACGUGUCUUCUUCUUGGAGCAUUUCAGAAAAGUCUCAUCAAUGACCAAAAAACAAAAAAUGUUAAGACCAAGCUACGUUAAUUUAUGCAUCUAGACCAAGAAUAAAUUUCUUGCUUCCAACUAAAUUUACCAAAUUUCACUGAGGGUAUUUAAUAUUCAAAGAAAAGUUCAAGGCUCUCUAGCUUUACAAAAUCAGACUCUCUUUCUAUGGUUUUAUUUUUAAAGUCAUAGAUACUUGUCCUUCAUCAAUUACAUUUAACAGCCGAAACACUAGUAACUCAUAUCUAUUUAUUUUUAGUAAGCAGAGCUCUUUCCUAAUAUUCCUUCCAACAUAUAUGCAUAUAUACCUAGAUAAAUACAUGCAAGUGGGCACAAGCGUUCUUAUUGUUGAAUAUAGAGUUAGCAGCGAACCAGCUCAAUGUACGAAAAGUACUGCUUCUGAACAGGUAAGUGUAGAAUUAUUAUUUUUAAGGCAAUGGCUGAGAUGGGAUUAUGGGAUGUGGCAUCUGAAACUGGUUGAUGAUGUAGUGUGGCAUAAACAAGUUCUGAGGCACGUAGCUUACUUUACUCAAUUACGGACUAUCUAUGAAAGUUAAAAUGUUUUGUACUGUCAAUUUGACGUUUAAGACACUUUACUAGCUUCCCACUGCCCAUGACAUUUUACAAGCUCCCUGUCCCCGUAGAUGACUUUUGUCCUCAACCUUGAAUUUCUUGUUAAACAUUAUUGAGGUAAAUCUAUCUAAAUUCAUCUUGGUGAUAGGUUUGCAAUAGACUGAGAUUAUACUUGGUUUUUCCUAGUUGAUUUUAAAAGUAACUCCUUAUUUUGCCUACAUCCUACCCAAGACAAAACCUUAAUAUCCCCCAAAAGAUCCAUAUGCUUCUGCUGUAUGUUCUUGUGUCCUUGUUUCUGUUAUUGCCAUGCUCCAGUCUACUUACCUAUUCAAUGAUGGCCACUUCCUUACUUCUUUAAACGUUAUAUCUCCAUGGUCCCACUUCCUAUGUAUAAAAUUUAUGCCUUGUUACCGUGCCUUCAAAAUUAUUUGCUGUGUGUUAAAGCAGCAUCAUGAAAAGCUCCAGAACAUGCUGCUUUAUGAUCUCUCUAUGGAUCCUUGACAACUUUUGGCCUAAAAGACUAAAACAUUUUUGAAUAAUUGUGAAAUUUGAAUCCUGAUGUCGGUUAGUUUGCAAAUAUCUGAGGUUUCUUUGGGAAUUAUUGGCUUAAUUUGUGGAUCAAUCUGUUCAGCAUCUGUUACCUUUAUUUGAAUGGAAAUAAUAUUCCAUGGAUAUGAUACCUUGGUGUGGUGGCAUGUGUAAUAUAUGAAUUAGGUAGAUUGUUGCAGUAUAUCUAUUGAUUGGUCAUGCUAAAACUUUUGGUUGGACAGUUAAUAAUGUACAUUCUAUGGUGUCAUUGUGUUACGAAUUCUGCAAAGUCAAACGCAUCGUUUUCACUUUUAUUUUUUCACUGUCUAGCCCUGUAUCCGCUUCCGAAGUUCCCCCCAGAGGUCGUAUAUAUCAUGAAACUUAUGGAUGUCAAAUGAAUGUCAAUGAUAUGGAGAUUGUCUUAUCUAUCAUGAAGAAAGCUGGAUAUAGUGAAGUUGUGGAGGCUCCAGAGAGUGCAGAGAUCAUUUUCAUCAAUACUUGUGCGAUCAGGGAUAAUGCGGAACAAAGAGUAUGGCAGAGGCUUAAUUAUUUUUGGUUUCUGAAAAGGCACUGGAAGAGCAAUGUCACUAUAGGAAGGUCACAGUCUGUCCAUCCUCCAAAAGUAGUUGUGCUGGGGUGUAUGGCUGAGAGGUUAAAGGAUAAGAUAUUAGAUGCAGACAAGAUGGUUGAUGUUGUCUGCGGCCCUGAUGCUUAUCGGGACUUGCCACGAUUGUUAGAAGAGGUGGAUUAUGGUCAAAAAGGGAUUAACACUCUUCUUUCCCUUGAAGAAACUUAUGCUGAUAUCAGUCCAGUUCGUAUCUCUAAAAAUUCAAUCGCAGCUUUCGUCUCUGUAAUGAGGGGUUGCAAUAAUAUGUGCUCAUUUUGCAUUGUUCCAUUCACUAGAGGCAGGGAGCGGUCUCGUCCUGUGGAAUCAAUUGUGAAAGAGGUGGAGGAGCUUUGGAAAGAAGGCGUGAAAGAGGUAACACUUCUCGGUCAAAAUGUGAAUAGCUACAAUGAUAUGUCGAUGGCUGAAACAGAUGUUGAAUCAGGAGUCGAUUGGAAGUAUAGUGAAGGAUUUUCCAGCAUGUGCAAGGUGAAAAAAAUGGGUUUACGCUUUGCUGAUCUCUUGGACAGACUUUCAACAGAAUUCCCAGAGAUGCGGUUCAGAUACACUUCUCCGCACCCUAAAGAUUUUCCGGAUGAGUUGCUCUAUGUAAUGCGUGAUAGAUAUAAUAUCUGCAAAAAUAUCCAUUUGCCUGCACAAACAGGGAGCAGUACAGUUCUCGAAAGAAUGCGUCGGGGAUAUACCCGAGAAGCAUACUUAGACCUUGUGCAAAAGAUACGGAGUACAAUUCCAGAUAUGGGGAUAAGUAGUGAUUUCAUAUGUGGCUUCUGCGGUGAAACUGAGGAGGAACACAAAGACACACUAAGCCUCGUAAAGGCUGUUGGUUAUGAUAUGGCAUACAUGUUUGCAUACAGCAUGAGGGAGAAAACCCACGCCCACAGGAACUAUGUUGACGACGUUCCUGAUGAGAUAAAGCAGAGGAGGCUGACGGAACUCAUUCAGGCUUUUCGGGAGAGUACUGGGCAAUGUUUCAACUCCCAAAUUGGUACUGUUCAACUUGUGUUGGUCGAAGGACCCAACAAGAGAGCUCCUGACACGGAGCUCAUUGGCAAGAGCGAUAGAGGCCAUAGGGUAUCAUUUCCCAUUCUGCCAGUUCCAGAUCAGGUUGAUAAUGAUGGGAAGCGGAAUCCAAAAGUUGGCGACUAUGUAGAAGUUCGUAUAUUAAAAUCUACAAGAGCAUCACUCUUUGGAGAAGCUCUUGGUAUAACUAAAUUGAGCUCAUUUUACAGCCUUACGCAUGAAGCAGCUCUCACUUGUGCGAUCAGAACUUAAAAUUCAAGCCGCUUUUUAGGGUCAUUGCUACAUAUUUAUUUAUUUGUCACAAGAUAGGUUUUUGCCUUGCUGGGUGACCGUCUUGUCAAGGUUGAGUAUGCUUACUAUUGGGCCGAAAAUCUACCAAAUUGAUGCGGUUUGUAUGGAUGCUCUUGCUGCAAAACUCGUUCCAUAGAGAGACAAAAGAGGGAUUGCAACGAGGAAAAAGAUUACAUAAAGGAUGCAAACACCGACACAAAGAUCGUCUCUCUCAUUUCUGUAUCUCAAGGAGAAUCUCUUCAAUGUCCUUUGUUUGCUCAAUCAAGACACCGACACAAGGAUGUUGCUUUCUCAUUGGCUCCAUCACUAGUUGGUAGAUUAGAUUAGACAGAUGAUGCGGACGUUAUCUCCUCAGUCUUGUUCUUGUAUUCAGAUCCAUUGUUGAUCUAAUUAUCUGAGGUAUCCAAGUUACGUUCCUCCAAUAACACUACUUAAAAUUAAAUUU